GUCUGACGUUCUGCACGUAAGGGGUGGGACUUCCGCAUUGAGAAAAGUUGUCAACAGUUAGCUAACUUGGCUGUCCUAACUAAAGAAAAGCAAACAUGUAGAUAUCUAGGUAGAUACUUGGUGUUGAAGUGUUGCAACAUAUACUGGAGAGGAAGAAAACGAAUCCAAGUCAAGAACACGGAGACAUGGGAUCGACGUCCGUCGAAUAUAAGAGCAUGGAAAACGUUAUUCGAACGGUAAUGUAGUCGGACAGCCCACAUAAACAGCUGAUUGUCUGUCUGACACCACAAACAGUGCGUUCUGUCUUCGCUGUACCUAUUUUCCUUGGCUGUGGGUCGUUAGCUUGCAACGCGGUACACACAGCGGUAGCGUUACACAGAACAUUCUGCAAGAUCCCCACCCCCGACUCACGUCACAUCACCGUGAACUUUUUUUUUUUCAACAAAAUUACCACUUAUGUUUUUCUUUUGGACCUGAUCAUCUACUGGGAAACGAAGUACGACUGGAAAGAUACAAGACCUUUUAGAGAGGCAAGCAUUCAUGUGUGCUACGGUGUAGUUGAUAUAGACUAGCUAGUUGACAUGUCAACAGAAUUCGUGAACAUCCUAUUCUAUGGCUAUCUUGCAAACUCGCUGUCCCUAAACGGCAGUCUUUCACGUUUCCUGCUGUAAGUCAGCGAGCUUGCUGACUGUCGAGGGCUAAUGACAAUGUGAAGAUAUACUUUUGUUGACGUUAGUUUACUUGCUAGAUUGUUGUUCUUAGGGUGCGUCUACCUAGAUAGCUAGCUAUUUUUUUAAAUGACAAUGUGUAUAAAAUAAUAACGGACAUAUUUAACAACAUUGAAUGUUUGUCCUGAAACUUCAGUUGACAGAGUUUGUGUAAUAUUGUUUCCCCAAAGCUGAAAAUUAUGCCUGUUUUGAGCCUGAGGGUAACGUUACUGUCACAGAUAUGGAUGUUUUAAAGAAACUAUCAUAACAUGCGUUUAACGUCAGGUAACUAGCCGUUAGUUAGCUACCUGGCUAUCUAAAUUUGCUGUCUCGGUCCUGAAGUCAGUUAGCUAGCCUACUACCAAGUGGCGAGAUCUGGGUGUUUGCAUGUCUAACUAGCGAAUUGAGAACAUGCUGCAUAAUCCAUGAUUUUGUUUUAUGCCAUGCUACAUUAAUAGAGUAAUGACAUCCGAAAGUAGCCAUUUAAAAUAAUCAGCUAACAAUUAUAUUAGAUUUAUCAAUUGCGGCACUGUUUUCAAUGUGCAAAUGUGCGUGUCUUGUCAAAACAAUUGCAGUUACUUCAGUAACGUUAGUUGAAAUUAAAUAGCAGAGACGUUUUGCUCCGCAAUUCCUGUCUUGCUUUCGUUUGGAAACUCGCAGUCGUUUGUGAAAGUAAUGGAAUAUUUUUAAUGUUACAUAGCCACCUAAAUUAUUGGGCGAAUACCUACGUCAAAGCCUAACUUAUGUUUAGGGGAAAAUAAAGGAAACGGAACAGUUGCUUCUCUUGCAGCUUGCCUUGCAAUGUGACCAAACUGACUUCUUUAGCCAUCCUACACCUCUUUCCCUUUCCAAGCUUGGUUAGACGAUUAAUGAAGCUGAUCAGCAAGUGUAUUGGUAAAGUUGUGGAAGUAUACCAAUUAGUGGAGUGCAAUGGCCUAUUGAAAAGUUAUGAAACGCAUCCCCCAAAGAUUUUCUCUGCCCUGUGUUCCUUUCUGUCCUCUGUACAACAGUCUAUGAGACAUGGAAUCAAACUGCUUUAGUGAUGGGAUAACCUACUAAUUCAAGCCUUUGUGAAAAAAGGUGUGGAACUGUCAUAUAAUAAGUGGGACUAAGGAUAGUCUUUUCAAGUGGGGAAAAAAAUGAGUGGAGGUAAAAAGAAAAGUGGUUUCCAGAUCACCAGUGUGACCACAGACUAUGGCCAGGCAGCCAUGGAGUCACAGACAGCAUCCUUCCCAGAGGACCCCAGCGGGCCUCCACUCCAGCUUCAGCAACCUCCUGCUGGGAAAGCAGUGACCAAUGGAGGACAGAGCAUGACCUACUCCCCAUCCCUCACCUCCAAGCAGUCUGGCCAUGCUCAUAGCAGUUCCCUGGGAAGGGUGGGGGUUGAGGGCGGAGAAGGAAUGGGCGAGACCAGGGUCCCAUCCUUGGAUCCAGUGGCCUUCAGCAGUGGAGAUAUCACUACAGCAGGGCUGGCAGGAGCAGGCAUAGGCAGAGUGUCCAAUGGGCCUUCUCUAUUGGACCAUUCCAUUGCCUUCCACAACCACUCCAGCUCCAGCCAACCAGGCUCCCCUGUGACCAAAAGAAAACAGCUGUCGCAGGAGCAUAGCGGGUCAAACUUCGCCCACUCUUCCCGCUUCCGCGUGGUUCGCUUGGGCCAGGGUCUAGGAGAACCCUACCGGCGUGGCCGCUGGACCUGUGUGGACUUCCUGGAGAGGGAAGGUGCGGAGGAGCGGGGGUUGAGGCGGGUGAUGGAUAGCAUGAGGCAAGCCCACUCUCUGGAGUCACUGGAGACUGUGGGGCUCAGCAGCUUUGAGGGUGGAGUAGGGACCAUGCUGAAACCUCUGGGACAGAUCCGUGCUCUUCGGUCUGGACACCUUGUCCACUCACAAGGCACCACGCACCUUUUGGCACCACAUAUCGGUGUAGAUGAGGGUGCACCCAAAAAGCCCUGUGGUGAAGGACCAUACAAAGCUGAUUCACCAAAAGCAAGUCCAGCCUCCGAUCCCCAAACCUUCUCCAGUGGGCCUCCUUCGCCCACACACAAGGGUCACCCCAAUUUGAAAUUGGCGGAUUCCACCACCUUUGACGCCUCCGUUUCCUAUACCCCACGUACUGCCUCCCCUCUGGUCCGUCAGGACUCCCGUCUUCUCUCGCCAACGAAGCACCCGUCCGAGUCCGUGCGUCCACGCCACAUCCCCUCUCCACUGCGCCUGGACAUGGACCCUGCAGGGAAGUCACUGCUGCGAGAGACUCGUUCUCAGCCCUCCUCCCCAAGCUCCAUCCUGCCCAGAGAUAGAGGCUUCCACCCGAGUGCGACCCCCAUCCAAACCCCCUCUGCCCUCAGCCUGGCUCAGUCCAUGUUUGGAGUUGGGGGGGCGUUUGAAUUUAGCGAUGAAAGUGGCUCUAGUAACAGCAUGAUUGCAAUCGACAACAAGAUUGAACAGGCCAUGGACCUGGUGAAGACUCACCUGAUGAUGGCGGUGCGGGAGGAGGUGGAGGUGCUGAGGGAGCAGAUCAAGGAGCUGUCCGAGAGGAACGCGCAGCUGGAGCGAGAGAACUACAUCCUGCGGGCCCUGAGAGAGAGAGACUGAAGGGUCGGGACUAGAGGCUGGGACAGGCCGAUGAGAAGGGUUCCCCCGGGGGAGCGAAGAGAUAAGAGAAAUAUGAAAGACUUUGUGUACUUCCAUUGCUCGUUUUGGACGUUGGCAGCACGUAGUUGCAUGUCACUCAGGGGCUUAUGGGAGAUUGAGUACAACAAUUACGUGCAAUGUCUGGAUUCAUGCAGAAUUAAAACAAGGAUGGGUAAAGAGCAAAAAUAAAAAGUACGUUGGAAGAGAGUGGGGCAGAAUAGAGGGAGAGGUUUUGAGUAGAAAAAAAGAGGAAUGUGCAAACCAGGCGUGGAAAAUCUGGGGGGAGAAAUAAUUUAUUAGAUUAGACUACUCUACUGAUCUAAUAACAAUAAUAACAACAAUAAUAAUAAUAAUAACACAGUUUAUUUGUGAAUAUUUGUGAAAGGCUUUUCCCUUGCUCAUACCGCUGCAUAGCACAUAAAAGCAAACAAUGUAAAUUGUAGAAAAAGGAAAAAAAACUAAAAGAUAAGAACAAAGGUAAAUUAAUAAAUGCAGUAUAUUCAUAGGGGACAGAUGACAGAAAUCAGAUCACUGUGAGCAGAAAGAGUAUAAUACAUAAACCAUCCCAAUCUUAUAGCACAGAGCCCUCCCCCCUCUCUUGCACACACAAAACCAGCAGCUGGAGACUCAUAAUUAACACCCACAAAGCAAAAUUAAUAGUAUAAUCAUGAUGAUGGUUUCAGUAAUUCAUAUAAUAAUGACUUUGAUGAUGAUUAUGAUAAUGAUGAAAAUAAUAUUAGUUAUAAGAAUUCUCUGAGUGUGCCAGCUUAAAAAAUGUACACUUGUUAAUUUAUUAUUGUGUUUCUGUUAUGGGUUGUACUAUAAUAGUAAGGACAGGCCUUUGUGGUGGUUUACCUUGGACUUGUCCAUUUUUAAUGUUUAAUUUUUCCUUCAUGGGUUCUCAAAUUGCCCUGUUUUACUUUUCCUGUACAAUAUAUAUUUCCAUCACCAGAAGGUUCCAAAGUAUGUAUAUUUUUAUCUUUGAAGUGUCAUAAAGCCAUAUAUCAGAACAGGGCGACCCCAGGCCUGGCCAGGUUGAGGGUGUUUCUUUGUUGCAUUUGCACUCAUGAAAUGUUCAAAAGAAAUGGUGAUAAGAUGCCUUAAAGUGCACUGCUUGCUUUUUCCGUGUUAAAGCUGAGCCUUGAAAAUGCUACUACAUUAACAGACUGCUGUCAAUUAUGACGGCGACGUUUAUACUUUCCUUGCAGGUUUUUAUUUUUUUUAUUUUUUAGCGAACUCUGAAAUAGUGAGGAUUCUUGAGUGGAGUAGAGUGAUUUGAGGGGGCUUGUUUGGUUCAACCACUUUCAAUCUCUUUCCGAUCACACGAUGGUACACCAGCACUCCUUUCUCUGAGGGUGUCCGAGAUACGUCCCCUGUUAUUCAUAUUCUCGCAACGUUUCUGCAACACACCGCCAGUGUUAAAGAGAAUGGAAAAAAACUAUAGGCACUGCACUGCAGUAUUCUCUGUGACAGAGACAAACAUAUGGGCGCACAGCACUUCUCAUAUGGCCAUUGUAUUAUUUAUGUAACCUUUUCCACCUGAUUGUUUAUUUAAAGGGUUAUUGUGCAGCUUUGAGGAAGAAGUCUUGCAUGAUUUGAGAGCCAAAUUGGGUGUGUCGGUACUUGGAUCAGCCAUGCCGCACUUCUCUGUGCAGGUGAUAAAAGCAAUCUGUGAACCAGCUUUUACUGCAGUCAUGACAUGCGUCAUGCCAUGAAAACAUUAAUAAACAGAAAUGGCACAGUGGUUCAGCAGGUUUUCCUGUACUAGGGGGGACAGUGGAUGAUUAGAAUUAUGCGGUACUGUAUGUGGUUUUCAAUUCAGUAGAUUGUAGGUGCCAACAGUGCACCCUUCUAAAUGUUACAUGGGUCAGUAGGACUACUCCAGGGUGUUCUAGGGCAUUCAAGGUCUAAUGCUCUGUUACUUUUUCUGAAGUUUCAGCUGAUUAAGGGCAAUGUCACACUUUGCUCUGUAAAUUCAGUUGACAGCAUGGUAUAUGGUACUGAUUAUCCGGAGCGGGAACAUUAGUUAGUUUAAAAAAACAUACUUGAGAGCAACAAGUUAUUCAUUUUAUUGAAGGUCUCAGAAUUCAACCAGGGUCUAGAGGCUGUCUGCUCUGAUGAAAAACACUGUUUGCUACUGAAAGAAUGUACAUCCUUGUGAAACCGGACUACUCCAAAAAACAUAUACACAGAUUUGCUCCAGUACUAUUCAUGUAUUGCUACCUUUAUUGUAAGACAUCCACAAAAGUUUUUUUUCUUUCUCCAGACUUGAGAUGUCAGUUGCGGUUCAUUAUUUUUUCUUAGGCCGACAGGAUGUGCAUUGUCUCUGUCUGUUACAGUAUUUCUGUUUUAUUUACUUUUUAUCCUACUGUUCUGCUCUUUUUUUUCUUUUUUUUUUGAAGUAUACUUUCUAAAAGUGGUGGUGUAAAGUAUUAAUUAUUGGUAAUUGUGUACCAAAUGGAAAAAAGGAUCAAUCUAAUAAAUAACUUUUACUAAA